AUGCCCGAUCCAAGUACGGUGAAAAUCAUGAGACUCCAUGUGGGAGGAAUAUCUAAAGAGUUAGCAAAUUCAAUUUCCGAUUUGGAGCAGAGGUUUUCUAAAAUUGGUAAAAUAGUAAAACCUUUUGAGGUUCAUGAGAAGCCGGUCGUUGAAUAUCGAUUUGCAUAUGUUACUAUGAAAUUGAAUAAAAAGGAGUAUUCCAAGCUUAAGCAGACGUGGGAUGGUGUCAAAUUUAAAGGAUCCAAAUUGAAAAUUUCGAUUGCAACAAUUGAUUAUCGUGCUGCGUGGGAGAAAGACUCCAGAAGGCAAGACAACAAAAUCAAGGAAAGAAGAAUCAGGGAGAUAGGAGCGUCGAAGAGGGCAGACAGAAUUUCAAAGAAACAGGAAAACCCAUUCGAUGCUGCUUUAAUCACAAAAGGGAGAUUUAGAAAAACACCUAGGAAGGGCAACUUGAAGUUGAUGACUGUUCGAGUCAUAUUGAAUGGUCGAGCGAAAAGAAUCAAGUGUAAAAUUAGUAAACUUUGGGGUUAUGAUAAGAAUAAAAAGUUGACCGAGUUGACUCAUAGAUUCAUUGCUGGAGAAUGGAGGGAUGGUAACGACCAUGUUGUUGAUCGCUUUACAGGUAAGGUUGUAGUGCUUGACGAAGACGGAAUAAAGGUUUACGAGGAUAAAGGGGAAGAAAUUGUUGAGGAAAUUAUGGACGAAAAGAUGAAGCAAAAUAAGAUCCUUGAAGCUAUGCUUAAUAAAUACAAUUUUGAAAAACCUGUAGAAAUCGAUAACUCCGAAGAUGAAUGUGCAGGACCUGAAUAUGAAAUGGAUUAUUGUAAUAAUGUGGAGGGGGAUGAGGAGAAUUCAGCAGAGGAAAUCACCUUAGAUUAUAAGGGAAUACCGAAAAAGGAUUGUCUUAACCCUACUCCUGCGUCCUUAGUUGAAGGAUAUAGGCAACUCGAAAAGGUGGUAAACUUUGAUACAGGCGAAGAGGAGGAACAAGCGACUUCGAUUAAUAGCAACAACUUUUUGAAGGGAGGAAAAGCAGAAACAGAAGCGGAGACAGAAGCAGAGGAGGAUCAUGACUAUGAGUUUUUGCCUACCUUUGGUAAACCUGAUCCGAAUGUCACUAACCUACAUAACGAUGAUGAAAGUGAGGAAGAGUUCAUUCCGAGCUUUGGUACCCCCCAAAAUACCAAUGAGAACACCAAAAAUACGACAGAGAAAUUAAGGGAUUUAUUGGACACCAGUAAGAUAGCUCAAACGCCAAAGCCUAUCGAUGUGGUUGAGAAGAGGAAAGACGAAAUCUUAUUACCUACAAUAAAGAAAACCAUGAACGUUGGUUUGUUUUUUCCACAUUUUGAUUCUGCCUUCUUGGUAGCACAGUCACAAAUCAAUAAACUUAGAGAAAUCAGAAUUAAUGAAGAAUUUGGAUAUGAUGAAUGGUUCUGGAAGAGUAGAGGAGAACUAAACAGAGAAUUUAGAAAGUUACGUAGAGACGCCUUACGCCGAAAUAAGAAGAAGUCUAAAGCUACUGCUUUAAUUUGA